AUAGGUGGACAAAUGAAUUUAUUGCCAGAUGUUUUCCGCUCGCACAUCAAAGCGGGGCUCGUUGGAGGGCUUGUCUACGUGGCAAGGCACAAGUCAGAUGGGAUUAUUGGCCUUGCCGCCUGGUUCGGGCCUGGCGCAGAGCUCUACACAACGCCUGAACAGUGUGAAGCUGGUUUCAAUAAGUUGAUGGCUGAUAUUGCUGAAAAAGAUCCCGAUAUGCAGAUAUGGUGGACUCAAUAUUUUCUUCCAAAAUACGGCGAGUUUGCCAAGGAGGCCUUGGGUGGUCCUGAAUACAAGCGGGAUGGCUGGACUCUGUCAAUGAUUGGUGUGAAACGUGAAUAUCAGCGACGGGGAAUUGGUACAGAGUUUAUUAUGCUUGUAGAAGAGAAGGUUCGAAAUGAAGUAGAGGAGAGCGCUAGGCAUAUGACAGUUGAUACCGAAACGGAUGAAGCACUCUCCUUCUAUCUGAAAGUCGGAUUUGUUGAAAGGGGAAGAAUCGAGAUCGAGGCUGAAAAGAAAUUUAACGGUAGUUUUAGGCAAGUGUGCCUAACCAAAGACGUAGCCGCUGCAACCAGUUAAGUACGUUCUACCCUUUUCGUCUGGGUUUCCACUUCGAAUGGUUGCGGCGCUGGCCUUGGGAGAACGAUAAUUUC